ACUGAAUCACCAGGAGAAAGAUACGGAUAUCAGAGUCAACAGAACCCAGCAGUGUGUCUAUGAAGAGUAAGCGAUCACUGAUCAUGAAUCCCCCUGAAUUCAGUGAUGGGCCGGUGACCUCUGAUCUUCUCAAGAACAGAUCUAUGUCAUACUCUGCAUCACACUAUCAGACCCACUUCAGACAAGAAAGAACUGAAGCCACCAUGCAGACACACACAGUGGAGACUGGAGACCUGCAGAGAGUCAAAAACCAGCUCAAAACCAGUAUGAAGAAAAAGUAUGAGAGCUUUUUUGAGGGAAUGAAACUCCAGGAGAAUGAAACCCUCCUGAACAGCAUCUACACACAGCUCUACAUCAUAGAGGGAGAGAAAGAAGGAGUGAAUGAAGAACAUGAGGUUUUACAGAUGGAGAAAACAGCCAGAACACAACUCCCACAAGACACUCCAAUCUACUGCAAUGACAUCUUUAAAGCCUCCGCUGAAGCAGGAUCUGAGGAGAAAGAGCAGAUCAAGACUGUUCUUACUAAAGGCAUCGCUGGAAUCGGAAAAACCGUCUCUGUGCAGAAGUUCAUUCUGGACUGGGCCGAGGGAAAAGCCAAUCAGGAUGUAGAUUUCAUGUUUGUGCUUCCAUUUCGAGAGCUGAACUUGAUCCGAGAUCAUCAGUACAGUCUUCACAGACUUCUAAUGGACUUUCAUCCUGAACUUCAAGAUCUGGACUCACAGAUUUAUGAGGAGUGUAAAGUUGUGUUCAUCUUUGAUGGUCUGGAUGAAAGCAGAAUCACACUGAUGUUUUCAGAUGCUCAGAAAGUUUGUGAUGUGACUGAGACUUCAUCAGUGGCUGUGUUGAUGUCAAAGCUCAUGAAAGGAGAGCUGCUUCCCUCUGCUCUCAUCUGGAUCACCUCCAGACCAGCAGCAGCCAAUCAGAUCCCCUCCGAAUACAUCCACCGUCUGACAGAAAUUCAGGGAUUCAAUGAGCCUCAGAAGGAGGAAUAUUUCAGGAAGAGAAUCAGUGAUGAGCAUCAAGCCAGCAGAAUCAUCUCACACAUCAGAAGAGCAAGAAGCCUCCACAUCAUGUGCCACAUCCCCGUCUUCUGCUGGAUCUCAUCCACUGUGCUUCAGAAGCUCCUGGAAGAAGAUCUGAGUGCAGAAAUCCCUCAAACUCUGACUGAAAUGUACAUCCACUUCCUGCUGAUUCAGAUCAACAUGAGGAAGCAGAAGUAUGAAGAGAGAGAUCCAGAGAAACUCCUGCCGUCCAACAGAGAAGUGAUUGUGAAACUUGCUGAAGUGGCUUUCAAACAGCUGAUGAAGGGCAAUAUGAUGUUCUAUAAGGAGGACCUGAAUGAGAGCGGUAUAGACCUCACUGACGCCUCAGUGUAUUCUGGGAUUUGCACAGAGAUCUUUAAGCAGGAAUCUGUGAUUCAUCAGAGGAAAGUCUACAGCUUCAUUCAUCUGAGCGUUCAGGAAUUUCUCGCUGCUUCCUAUGUGUUCUACUUUCAUCUGCACACUAUUGCGAAGAGUCUUAACUUUUUUGCACUACAUCAUUUGCUGAAAGGUGCAGUUGAUGCAGCCUUAAAAAGUGAGAAUGGCCAUUUGGAUCUGUUCCUGCGGUUCUUGCUGGGCAUCUCACUUGACUCCAAUCAGAGACUCUUACAGGAUCUACUGACACACACCGAGAACAGCUCAGAGAGCAUCAGUGAAAUCACACUUUAUAUUAAAGAGAAGAUCAAAUAUGAACAUGAACUCUCCACUGAAAGAUCCAUCAAUCUGUUCCUCUGUCUGCUGGAAGUAAAAGAUCAGACUCUGUCCAGAGACAUUCAGGAGUUUGUGAAAUCAGACAAACACUCAGAGAGGAAAAUCUCUCCUGCUCAAUGCUCAACAAUCACAUACAUGCUUCAGAUAUUAGAGAAGCCGCUGGAUGAGCUGGACCUCCAGAAAUACAACACAUCAGAUGAGGGUAGAAUAAGACUGUUACCAGCUGUGAUCAACUGCAGAAAAGCCCUUCUUGCUUGCUGUAAUCUCUCAGAUCAGCACUGUGAAAUUGUGUCAACAACUCUUCAAUCCUCAAUUUCUGUCCUGAGAGAGCUGGAUCUGAGUAACAAUGACCUGCAGGAUUCAGGAGUGAAGCUGCUCUCUGAUGGAUUGAAGAGUCCAAACUGUCGGCUGGAGAGACUGAGGUUGUCAGGCUGUAUGGUGACAGAGGAAGGCUGUGGUUAUUUGUCUUCAGCUCUGAGUUCAAACCCCUUACACUUGAGAGAGCUGGAUCUGAGCUACAAUCACCCAGGACCAUCAGGAGUCCAGCUGCUUCGUGACAGACAGGAGGAUCCGAACUGCUCACUGGAACAACUUAAUUUAGACCAUGGAGAACAUUUUCGGAUCAAACUAGGAUUGCACAAAUAUGCCUGUAAUCUCACACUGGAUCCAAACACAGCUAACAUUCGUCUCAAAUUAUCUGAGGACAACAAGAAGUUGACAUAUGUCAAAGAGCUGCAGUCAUAUCCUGAUCAUUCAGACAGAUUUAAUCACUAUGAGCAGGUUCUGUGUGGAGAGAGUCUGACUGGACGCUGUUACUGGGAGGCUGAAUGGACCGGCUGGAGUUUCAUAGGAAUGACGUAUAAAGGAAUCAGCAGGAAAGGUGGGAGUGACUGUAGGCUUGGAUACAAUGACAAAUCCUGGUCCAUGUUUUGUAUUGCUGACAGAUAUAGUGCUUGGCACAAUAGUAAAAACAAAGACAUACCUGUCCCUUCACCCCCAUCUAACAGAAUAGGAGUGUAUCUGGAUUGGCCAGCUGGCAUUCUGUCCUUCUACAGUGUCUCUGACACACACACACUCACACACUUACACACAUACAACACCACAUUCACUGAACCCCUCUACGCUGGAUUCAGGGUUAAUGAUUCCUCAGUGUCUCUGCGUCAGAUUUCAUAGCCAUGUAAGAAACAAAUGCACAAUCCAAGCACCAUGGCUAUGCAAUAGUAGUCUGUAAAAUGCCAUCUGGCAGGCUUUUCCCAGCUCCAGGGCUUUUGUUAAGACUACAGAUCGUACUCGAUGGUCAGAUAGAGUCAAGUGUAUUGUGAGUGUUGAAGCUUCCUUACUUUCUUUGGUAAAAGGGAAUACUACUGACCUUUUUCUCUAGUCAAAAAACAUUAAUUAUAACUUGUUUCUUACCUAUGGUGAGUGGGCAAUAGAGAACUACAUGAUCAAACAUGAUCUUCAUUUAAUUACAUUUACAUAAUGGGGGAGGGUGACUAUUUAAAUGGAAAUUAAUUAACUUUUUUUUGCAUAUUUAUAAUGUUUUAUAAUGUUUUUUUGGCAUUGUUCUGGUGAACCCUAUUAUUGUGUUAAUUAUUAAAUUCAAUAAA